UCCACCCGGAUACUUUAUCAUGUUGCGCAUCGGCAAACCAAUACAAAUGGCUCGAAGCAGAACUUGUGGACACAUGGCCCGGUCCUAAGCGUUUAUGUAAUAAAGAUGUGUUUAGGAAUGAAUUAAUGAAUGAAGUCACCGAGAUGACGGAAUCAACAGAUACGUUAUGCAUUGAUGAUGUUGAUGACCUUUUCCCUCACAACUGGAUCCUUCACCACCCAAUGUUUCCCUCCUUAUUAGUAUCUGCGGAUGCAGAGUUUGGACGUGGAGGACGGUGCUCAGGUCCACGCAGCUUUCCUUGUUUACAUGGAUCUAACCGAGGUGCGUCACUGGAAGGACGUUUCUAGCCUUAAAUGUCCCGAGCUACAGGUGGUGUUGUUGGAAGGACGGGAGAAGGAGGGGGCCCCCAUGCAGAGCAUCCUACCCCUUCCCGUUCACCAGUAUCUGAACCACAAAAGUGUGCGUACCGUCUUGGGCCGCGGCUUCCCUGUGUUGCUGUGUGUGGUCGCGUCUGACUCCACCCUGGUUUACCAGAGGAUGACUGAUGGCUUUGUGACGCCGGACCCUCCCGCUGGCCAAAUCCAGGACCACGGUCGCCGGCAGCACCGCAAAAGACACCAGCAACAUUGACCAUCAGAGAGCAGAAAGUAAAGCACUGUUGCAAUCCUGUUUUGGAACCAUGGUAGCGAUCCAUGUUUCCAUGAUCCAUCCUUGUGAAGUAAAAAUGAGACAGAAAAUUGCAGCCUGUGUGAGGGGAACCCUAAUGGUUUACUUUAAAUCAUGUUGGAAAUUAUAUUUUAAGAGAAAACAAAGCCAUGGGUGAUGUUCAUAAGUAUGGCCAACUGUGACGAGGACUGGAAUGUUAUUGUUAAGGAUACAAACUGAAGGCACUUCAUGUGCACAUCAUAUAGUCGAUUAUCGUUUUAGGCACAUGGCCUUGGUUGUCUUGUUGUGAAUUAAUUUCCUAUUCUGAAUCCCAAUGUCAUUGGCCUUGGAAAACACUUUUAUUUUUACAAAAAAAACAAAAAACAAAUCAAACAUACUUACAAAAACA